CGACCAUUCUUGGCCCUAAAGCGGUUCCCUCGCCCGGGGGAUUUUCCUUGUUUCGCAAACAACCGCUCGAGAAGAAAAGAAGGAAAAUGGCCACGGCCACUCUGCAUACCGUGUUCGGCAUUUUUGGAAACAUCACCGCUCUGUUCCUCUUCUUGGCGCCGACAAUAACAUUCGUAAGGAUAUAUAAGAGCAAGUCUACAGAGAAGUUCUCAGGGAUUCCCUAUGUCAUGACCCUUCUUAACUGCUUGCUUUCUGCUUGGUAUGGCCUCCCAUUCGUGUCGCCGAAUAACAUGUUGGUGUCGACGAUCAAUGGCACCGGUGCCGCGAUUGAGGUCCUGUAUGUCGUGGGUUUUCUCUUCUACGCCCCCAGGAAGGAGAAGACCAAGAUCUUUGGCCUCUUCAUGCUUGUGCUCACCGUGUUCGCCACCAUCGCCUUGGUGUCUCUCUUCGCUCUCCACGGUAACAAGAGGAAGCUCUUUUGUGGCGUCGCCGCCACUGUCUUCUCCAUCACCAUGUAUGCUUCGCCCCUAUCAAUCAUGCGGCUGGUGAUCAAGACGAAAAGCGUGGAGUACAUGCCCUUCUUCUUGUCCCUGUUCGUCUUCUUAUGUGGCACUUCCUGGUUCGUCUUUGGCCUCCUUGGCAAUGAUAUCUUCGUCUUUUUACCCAAUGGGUUUGGAUGUGGGCUUGGGACAGCGCAGUUGAUAUUGUACUUCAUUUAUCGUAACUACAAAGGCGAGCCCAAGAAUAAAGUGCACAACUACGCCGGGUCUAUGGAGACGACGGGCGAGACGGAGAAAGAUGCCGACCGUGACCCAGCCAAGCAUCAGCCCGAUUUGAUGAACAAACAAGCUGAUGAGCAGGUUUAGAUAGAUAUGUCAUUAGUGACAUCGUCUUUUUAACACUCGCAUCACAUGACUCUGUUGUGCACUUAAACCGAAACCCCCUAUCUUAAAUUGCACUAGCUCAAUUCUGGUGGUCUACAAAUGUAUAGACUACUCAUUGGCUAUAUCUAUCUGUUUGUCUCAAAAUAUU